CGAAACGUGAAACGGUCACAAACCAAGGGAACCUGCACGCUGGGCUCGUCUGCUCACCUGCACUACUCAGCAACUCGCAACCGCCAUUUCAAAAGACGACGGCCGACUUCAUCGAACUUAACACUUCCAGGCAACGCUUCUUUCCUCCCCUCGCUGUCUGCUGCUACCGCCGCUCGAUCUUUCGCCUGAUAGACGACUUCCGUUUCUUUCUUCUUUUCUUCCGUCUCCCCUAUUUGAAGAGCCUUGCAUUUGUCAACAGCUACCCCUACACCGUCCAUCAUGAACCCUGAAUACGACUAUCUUUUCAAGCUCCUUCUUAUCGGAGAUUCCGGUGUCGGAAAAUCUUGCUUGCUACUCCGGUUUGCAGAUGACACCUACACAGAGAGCUAUAUCUCCACUAUCGGUGUUGAUUUCAAAAUUCGAACAAUCGAACUUGAUGGCAAGACAGUGAAGCUUCAGAUUUGGGACACUGCGGGCCAGGAGCGGUUCCGCACCAUUACGUCGUCUUAUUAUCGAGGUGCUCAUGGUAUCUGUGUCGUGUAUGAUGUUACUGACAUGGAUUCUUUCAACAAUGUGAAGCAGUGGCUCCAGGAGAUCGAUCGCUAUGCCACCGAGGGUGUCAACAAGCUGCUCGUGGGUAACAAGAGUGACAUGGAAGAUAAGAAAGUCGUGGAGUACACGGUGGCAAAGGAGUUCGCCGAUAGCCUUGGAAUACCAUUCCUGGAGACCUCUGCUAAGAACGCCUCGAACGUCGAGCAAGCCUUCUUGACAAUGGCAAGGCAGAUCAAGGAGCGUAUGGGUACCGCCACUGUCAACAACAAGCCGACUGUGCAGGUUGGCCAGGGCCAAGGUGUCCAGUCUGGGUCUGCAGGUGGUUGCUGCUAAUCGAACCAAUGAGUCGUGUUGCACAGUACUACGUUAGCCACCUCGGUAUGAAGCAGGGAGGUGGUUUGCCAACUGCGCCUUGGCACUGAACAAUUCUAUUUGAAAUGUGGAACGGCGCAGACGGCCCUGCGGAAAUUUUUGCUAUUUUCAAGCUCGGACUGAUUAUUGGGAAGCAUUUCAGAUCCUUCACACAAUGCUUUAGACGGCCUGCGAUUGUCUUUAUAUGUGCUCAUAUUGCUGGUACCCUUGUUGCCCUCUCACCCCCCCUGUUACACGCUACUUGUUUUGUGAUUUCCUUUACAGCAUUUCCCUAGUUUCUUCCAUAUCUUAUUAGUAGGUUGGAUUCCUUGCGAUUUUGUCAGGAACAAAUUAAUGGAAAAGACCCUGAAUGUUCGGAGAACAUACUUAUUCGGUAAUGGCACACAGUAGCUAGCACAAAUCCCAGCCAUUUUCUGGA